UAGAGAAGAGAGGGAAGAGUUUGUAAGAGCUACAAAUUAGUAUAAUAAAUCUGCAGUGGGGAUUGGGAAACUGGCCUCUUAUUAAAGUAACAGAAAUAAAAGAGAAAGUUACAUUUUGUUAAACACAUAAUUAUUGAAGCCUUAUGUGACAGCAUGUGUAGUUUCCGGUGUGUCAUUCCAUACAUACAUAUAAGCCCAUUCAGUCGUACAGUGAGCUGUAUUGCAGGGGGACAACAUGACUUGUAGCCGACACCAGUCAGCACUGGAUCUGGCCUUUCCCACUGGCAGAGCCGUUGCUAUGGAGACAGCACUCGCAGCAGUGAAGGCUCGCCCUCCCGCACCCGUGCAGAUCACCGUCCUGAGAGCACUCAAUGUGAAGGGAAUAAAAGGUGAUUUACUAAUGAGCUACAUCAGGUCGGAGUUUAAUAAUUCUCUCCUCGGAGACUCGCCAAAGCUUGAAGCCUCCCCAGACAGACCCACUGAGUUCAAUUUCACCUCUAGCUUUGACGUCACCCCCGAUGGCCCCCACAGCUUGGAUGAUGUCGCUCACAAGCCAGUUGUAUUAACUUUAAUAGAAGUUUUGCCUAAGGAGAAGAAGCAGAAGGAGGAGAAGACUGUGGUCCUCGGACAGGCUGCUGUGGAUCUGCUUCCUCUUCUGAAAGGUGAAUGCAAUUUCAAAGUCACCCUACCUCUCUACCCUGCGACUGGAUCACCUCUAGAGGGCACACAAGUGGAGACAAAGCCAAGCCUAGAGGUGGCAGUUUGUGUCCCUGAUCCUUUGCUUUCCGACGCACAAAUAAAUGAUGGGAACAUCCUCAGGGUGACAGUGGAAUCUGUUUAUUGUGCCCCGGAGUCCUGGAAUACUACAGGACCUGCGUACAAUUAUGUGAUGAGCCUUCAGAUGCCUCCUGCAGGAGAGCUCCCACAUUGCCUUGUCUUUUCAAAUGGAGCGUUAAAGGCUGGUGGAGAAGCAGAUCCUGUUCCUCGUCCGAAAAAAUGGUCCGUGACCGGCAUGUCAGCAGCUGGUGCUCUGAACAUCCCGGAUUCCUUUAUUCUUGGUGGUCCAUAUGAGGAGGAAAAUGGGGAACUGAACCGAAAGGAGGACAAGGAAUUCCGUGCUGAUGCUGAGACUCUGAAGAAAAGGGUGACAUGGGACACAGAGAGGAGGCGCUACCUCGAUCCCUCUGCUUUGCUCAGCAUACAGAAGCAGAUUGCUGAGUGCCGCUACUGGCCAGUGGAGAUAAUGAGGACCCUUACCGUUGCACCUAACACAAAGGGAAAGCCUGGAAAAGUGGAUAAAGGUGACGAAGAUGGACAGAUUUCCUUCCACGGAGUUGCGUACAUAAACAUGGUUCCGCUUCUGUACCCCGGGGUUAAACAUCUGCGAGGAGCAUUCCGUAUCUCUCCCUAUCAGGAUGCUGAAGUGCUUGAAAAGACAAAAUGCCAGUCCAGUGCCCUGCGAGAUAUUGCUCGACAAACCGGUUUGCAAAGUAGAGUCGGCUUUGCCCCGGCUGGAGUCAAUUCUCCCCAUGGCAAGCAGGCACCGAGCCGCAUUGUGAGAGAAGAUAAAGUCACCAAGGAUAAAGACAACACCAGAAAGACCUCGGCCCCAGGGAAGCCAUUAGACACAACAUCGGAAGCAGAAACCAUAGCGCCUGUCCCAGCUCAGACAGCGCCUCAGAAUGUGGAAGGACAGCAAUACACAGAGUCUGGCACUUAUGUUGUCUUGGAACUGAGCCUGGAGAAGCCGCUGGUCCCUAAACGUCUGGCAGAAGAGAUCGACCUAAGAGUAAGGGAACUUAUACCCAGCCGGCCGCAGCUUCCCAGGCGCAAUGCUGGAGCAGCCAAGGCAGUGAUGGAUUACCACAACCAGAUCAGCAGCAUCACCAACUCCAUCCUGGAGGAAUAUUGUGCACUGUUUGGGAAGAAGGCAACUGAGGAAGAGGAGUUGGACCAGCAGGCCUUGGAAGAGCAGAAGUGCCAGCUGAACUAUGAGCUGAACUGUACUGGGAAAUACUUUGCAUUCAAGGAGCAGCUGAAGCAUGCCGUGGUGAAGAUUGUAAGAGAGAAGUAUCUGAAAACAACAGCGUUUGAGGACCCAGAGCAGCUGCAGGCGUUCCUGAGUGAGCUGUAUGUCUACUUGGUUGACCAGAUGCACAUCUCCCUGAACAAGACGUUGUUUGAUGACAGAGGGGAGUCAGCGCCACCUCCAAUGACUGAUACACAGCAGCUCCUGAGAUUCGCCAGGGAGGCAGAGAUCACCGGCAACUUUCAUCUGGCCAAUACCUUUUAUCAGGAGAGAUUGGCUCGUGACCGUCAGUGCGUAGAUCAUUGGCUGGAUUAUGGCAGCUUCAACCUUCUGACCGACGAUUACAUCAAAGCCCAAGAGUGUUUCCACGAGGCGGUGGCUUUAAAGCGAGAUCACUUGCCCAGCUUACUCCUGUGUGGGACUGCCGCUGCCAUGCUGGAUCACUACAAAGACGCAGAGGUGUUUUUUGAAGAUGCCACCUGCACAGAUCCCACUAGCUCAUUGGCUUGGACCAUGUUAGGGUUGUUCUAUGAAAUGCAAGGCAAUGACAUACGGAUGGAAAUGGCUUUCUCCGAGGCGGCCAGACUCCACCAGGCAACAUUAUCACUAGAGGGUCACAUGGCUCUGUCAGGUGUUAAAACAGCAGGGGGCGCUAGCUCUAAAUCAGCACCUGACAAUGCCAGCGAGAAAGUUUCCAAAGGAGCGACUGAGGGGCCCCGUGAAAAUGUUCCCACGUCCAGCCGAGCUGAAUCACCAUCAGUAAAUAUUUCCUUGGGGAGCCGUCCAGUCGACGAGAAGAUCUCGCUCACAAGGCGCGUGUCAGUGUCCUCUCUCCGGAGCAAGUCCACCAAGGCAGCAACUCACAAAGAAGUAACAGCUGCCGUCAGUGUGGAACCAGAACCCCAGUCUCAAGCCGUCAGCAUCUUCAUGGAGGCCGCCCAGUUUCUAGCACAAGUCAAUGCGUUGCAGUUUGUACAGAGAGCUCUUGCCCAUGACUUGCUCAGCCCAGAUGGAGGCCCAACCUGCAGGUACCACCUGAUGUGCGCUCAGAUGCACCUUAAGAAGAAGGAGCUAGAAAAGGCCGAGCAGAAUCUCCAGGAGGCUUCCCAGAUCAACCACCAGAAUCCGGAUGUUUGGGCUCUCAAAGGACACAUGAACUUCCUGAUUGGUAGAAAGAAUGAGGCCAGGGACUGCUAUGAGCACACACUCAGCCUGGUGAUCGACGCCUCAGACACCCACCCUGUGUACCUGCGCCUUGGAUCCAUCUACCUUGAUGAAGAAAAGUAUGAAAAAGCCAAGAACACAUACCUGCUGGCUUGCAAACAGUCGCCAACGUGCCUGACCUGGUUGGGAGCAGGAAUCGCUUGUUAUCGGCUGGAGGAGAUGGAAGAAGCAGAGGACGCACUCUCAGAAGCAAACGCCUUGAACAACAACAAUGCGGAGGUGUGGGGUUACCUGACUCUCGUCUGUCUGAAGACUGGGAGGCAGCUGGAGGCCGAGCAAUCAUACAAAUACACAAGGAAGUUGAAUCUACAGAAUGAGGAUUUACUCACAGAGAUCCACACGUUACAGGAGGAGGUCGGCUUUGGAGACCCAGCCUUCUAAUGACAGUUUUGGUGUGGCAUCUCCGCGGCACCCGGUGUCAAAGUCACACAGAUGAGCUGCCCGUGCUCUGCUGAUGUAUGUGGUCCCGGAAAGCUUCAGUUCCCUUCUUGGACUCAAUGUCAUAAACACCUGCUGCAAAAACUGGAACCUUCUGUUUACUGUUCAUUAAUAAUAUUAAUAAACAAAUUCUUUCAAAAGAAA